AUGACAACAACGAGGUAUCCAAAGGCUAUAGUAUUUGAUUUAGAUUAUACAUUAUGGCCAUGUUGGUGUGAUACUCAUAUACGUACACCAAUAAAACCUAUAUCAUCAACUGAAAUUAUUGAUAAAUCAGGUAUGAAAUUAUCAUUUUAUCCCGACGUUGAAUCAAUUAUAAAAGAAUUAAAAUCACAAAAUAUUAAAAUUAUAGGAGCAAGUAGAACAGCAACUCCAGAUAUUGCCAAAAAAUUAUUAACUUAUUUAAAGAUUGAUGGUAAACCUGCUAUUUCUUAUUUUGAUGCUUUAGAAUGGGGUCAAGGUUCUAAAACUAAACAUAUUAAAUUAGCUGCAAAACAAUUAAAAUUAAAUCAAGAAUUAGAAAAUGGUGAAUUUAUUUUAUUUGAUGAUGAAUUAAGAAAUAAAGAUGUUUCUAAUAUUAAUUGUUAUUUUGUACAUAUACCUGAUGAAGAUUUAGGAUUAACUAGAAAUAUUUUUACAAAGGGACUACAAAAUUGGUCAGAAAAUCAUAAAUAA